UGUUGUAGGUACGAUUCAAUCACUCACUCAACAUGCGUUUCCUGAUAGUCUUAGCGAGUCUUGUGGCAAUAUGUGCCGCCAUACCCAAUGUUCAGAACAUACAAGAGCGUCUGCGUCAAUUUGCGGACAAGAAUGGUGACAUUGAGCUUUUCGCCGAACCGGAAGAGGGUGUGGUUGAUGUUGCUCCUCAGUUUAUUGUAUCCUGGCAGGCACGUCGUUUUAUUCGCAAACUUCAAAAGCAAAUGGAAUGCGGUUGGCCUCAGUAUGGUAUCCCAGCUUUGGCUCCCCUUCGUGUGGAAGAGGCCAAUUUGGAUUUCAAGCGUGGCAUAUUCGAAACCAUAAACCAUGUGUUCCGUUUGAAGAUCGCUGGCUUGGAUGAUUUCGCUAUUAAGAAGUUCAAAUUGAAUAUUAUCACAUCCAAGGUCACUUUCGAUUUCCUCUUCUCGAACAUUGAUACCACCGCACAGAAAUAUGAUACCGAUACUCUGAUCGAUGCUUUGCGCCAAUUGGGUCUAUCUGUGGAAUAUGAGGGAGCUGGAGAAAUUCUUUUCGAUUUGAUUAACUUGCGCAUUGCUGGCACUUUGAAAUACAAAUUGCCCAUGCUGUGGGGUUCCGCCAAGAUAACCUCAUUGAAGACAACCAUCUCCUUGGAAUCAGUUGAAUCUGAUAUUACCGGUUUCAUGGGCAAUGGCAAGAUCAAUCGCGCCAUCAAUCGUCAAUUGGAGAAUCUGCUUGUUAAGGGUAUCAAUGAUAAUCAGCAAACCAUUUCCGAUACCAUUGAGGACACUUUGGUGCCACGUGUUAACAAAAUGCUCAAGGGCAAGGACUUUUGGACUGUUGUCGAUUUGAUUCUGUCGAGCAGUGAGGGCGAGAGUGAAGAUGAUCCAAUUGUUGUUGAUUGUGUUCCAGCUGCCGAUCCCUGGGCCUAGAAUGGGGGUUAAACCACACAAAAACUUUGCAGAUAAUAAAGCUUGAAACAGAAUUUUCGUAA